UCUGAGCUGGGACAUGAUCACAGCAUUUAAAUGGACUUCUCACCCCCUCCCAGAAAAGAGAGGCCAGGGACAGCAGGCUGACAGUGGGGAGACGGUGCAGAGGAACAGAGGCAUCAGGAAAGAGCCCACCAACCGCUUGCGCAGAGCUGCCAAACUGAUGAAGGCAGAAACUCUUGAAAGACAAGUACGUGGGAAGAUCUGUUACGGGAAGAAGUGAGGUUUUGUUUGCAUGUCAUGGCUUACUUCUGCAAGCCCUAAAAGUGCUGUACGACGUGAAACAGAUCCUCAGCUGUACCAAUGGAAGAGACAGAUGGCAUUCAGAACUGCCAGGAUAAGCAUGAAGAGGACAUCCCAGAGAGUUCCCUAUUUGGCUUUGUUGUAAAACAGUUCCAAGGAAAGAGACUCUCUCCUGAAAAAAGAAAAGAGCAGCCUUCAGGCGUCAAAAAUUUCUUCAGUGUCUUUGACUUUGGGAGAUCUGAAGGCAAGGAGAGAAGGGAAAUUGAAGAAACAGAAAUGAACAACUCUGAAGCUGAGGAUUGCUGUGAGAAGCAAGAUCCCCCUGUAGAAGAUGGACUUUCACAUCUCAUUUCUGAAGCGGAGUCACCAUCUGGUGAGCAGAGAUUUAACCAGUUCAUGCAGAAACUGGGAAAGAAACCCAACAGCAAGAUUCUGGAUCUAAAUAAUUGUGCAUUAAGUGCAACAGAUGUAACAGAGCUGGGUGCUUUACUGCCAUUUCUCCCAGCACUGGAAGAGAUCAGCCUGUCCUGGAAUGGUUGUGUUGGUGGGACUUUGAAAGCGCUCACUGUUCAACUUCAUCAUGUGAAUCUGUUAAAAGUCCUUCGACUUAACAACUGCAGGCUGACAGCUGAGGAUGUCACCUACUUAGGAGAGGCAUUUGAAAUUGUUCCGCAACUCGAAGAACUGGAUUUAUCAUGGAACAGUAACAUAGGUGGAAAGCUAUCACUCCUGACAAAAAAACUCCAGAAAGGAUGCAAGAUAAAAAUUCUGAAAAUGACAGACUGUAACCUGACAGCAAAGGAUGGAGAAUCCCUUGCUGAAAUUCUGUACAUGAUCCCAGACCUUGAAGUAUUAGAUCUCUCUAUCAACAAAAACAUCGGCUGCAGCGUGAAGGUUAUUGCUCAGGAUCUGAAAAAUGUGCCUGGCUUGAAAGAGUUAAACUUGCACAUGUGUGGAUUAAAGCAAGACAGCCUCCAGGGCUUAGACACUGCUUUGCAGCACCUUGCAGAGCUAAGAAAAUUAGACAUAUCGUGUAACAAAGAGAUUGGCGGUGGCUUUAAAGACUCAGCAGCUAAUUUGGCCAGCUUGAAAAAUCUCGAAGUCCUUGAUCUCCACCAAUGCUGUGUAACAGAAGAGGACAUGACUGUUUUGUCCCAGGUGAUACCUUUACUCUCCAGUCUUCAAGAGCUGAAUUUAUCCUCAAAUAAAAAUGUAGGAAUCUCAUCCAAUCCUCUUCUGGGCAGGCUCAGGUUUUUACCAAAGUUGAAAUCUGUGGCCAUCAGCAAUUGUGGUUUAGAUGAAGAGUCGUUUUCAUCACUAGCUGAGGCUGCCCUUCACCUUCCUGAACUGGAGAUAUUAGACCUUUCUUGGAAUAAGUGCGUUGGUGGGAACCUAAAGCUGCUUUUGGGAGCACUAAAGCUUGCAACGGAGAUUCAAGUGUUAAGACUGAGCAGCUGUAACUUGGUGGCUGAAGAUUUGGCACUUCUAACACUACUGACACGGGAUGGCCAUCUAGCCAGAUUACAGAAGCUGGAUUUGAGUUACAACAACAACAUCUCUGAUGAAGGAGACCAGUUCUGGCAUAGUUAUCCGUGUCAUGGAGCAUGUUGACCCACACGUGAGCUCAAAGACUGCAGUGGGAUUAUUCAUUGGUAAGGUAUUUUAGGAAGUAAAGAUAUUGGAUCUGCCCACUGAGCAAGGAGUCUUAGAGAAAUCCUGAGGCAGCUUGAGGGAUAAAGCACUGCUCAAUUAGCCCUGAGUAUAUCUAAACACUGCAGCGAUCUCCUGGAGGAGAGGCACAACAGGAUUGUUCAGUGACACUUUCCUAACUUGGUAGGACACCUCUGAGCAAGUUCUCCCGUGCAGAUGAAGAUCAAUAUUCAGCUUUCAGUCUGGGUGACCUUUCCAACAUCAACUUCUGGCUGGUCAGGGUUAUAACCAGCAGCUGACCGUGCUGUGCUGAUAUCUCCUGAUCAUUUAAUCCAUGAUUUCAUGUGAGGGUCUCUACGAAUUUCCUGGUUCCAGCUUCAGUUCCACUUGAGAAGAGUACUUGGCUCCCCCGGCUCUGAGAAAUGUGAGAUGAACUGGAGUGUCUUGGUCAGAGAGAGCAGGGAAUUGCUGCCAUGUGGGAUCAGUUAUUUUCUACAGAGAUAUGCAGGCUCUGAAAUGAAGCAAAGAGCACCUGUUCCAUACAGGGCCAAUGAGAGACACUUGCAAGCAGUGACUCAAGCCAGGAGAGUUAUUCUAACGUGGAAGUAACAUAAUCUCUAUUUAACAGCAGCACACCAACCUCUUCUCUUAAUCGCUUGCUUUUCUGUGACUUUCUUCCUCAAUUCUAUCUUUGGUCCAACUGGGAAACUGAUCCUUUAUCUGUUCAGUGAGAAUCUCUCUGCAUCGCUUCUUUAUCACUUGAACUCCUGCCACUAAUUCAGUAAAGCAGCUGGCCUGUAUUUAAUGUUCAAUAUCUGUUAUAAUCUUACUGACUGAACUCGACUUGAUUGUAGGGGUUUCUUGCUUUGUUAUAGUUUGGUUCCUCAUUCUCAGCUCCAGAACAGUGAGUUCAGACUCGCUGCUAGCAACCUCUCCGCUUGCUCUACAUGACCCCCCUCUCAGCCUUGUGCCCUCUCAAGAUUCUGUUGUACCUAUUGUGGUACUAAAAAGCUUUUAUUAAAUCACUUCUAUUAAACGUCCUGUCUAUCUGCCAAUCUUCCUAGAAAUCUCUCUCCCAGUGAUUGCCUACUCGAUUGUCUCUCAAUCAUCCAUCUCUCCGUUACAUUUUGCCUUCGCUUAGGCUGAAAAAAAAUUUCAUUAGACACCUCCAAACAAUCAAAACAUCGGUUACCUGGCAAAACGGAAAACUAAAACUGAGCCAUCCCACUUUUCUGCAUUACAAAGCACAUUAAUGAGAUUUCAGUAUUAGCUGUUUCAAGAGCCAAAUGGAAAUAAUAUCUGUACCCUGCAGAUGGUAGCCACAGUGCUCAGAGGGCACUGCCUGGAUGUGGAGCUCUAGGAAGAGCUGGGGCUCAGCUCCUCUGCCUUCACCAUCUCCUUCAGGAUGUCACCACCUUCUCUGAGACAACUCAGACAAGGGGAGGGAGGGCAGGGCUGCAGUUCCAAGCAGCCAAGCAAACCAAAUAAAGGGGUC